AUCGCGGUCUACACCUGACUCUCGUCUGUUUGCUUCCCAGUUCUAACUGGCGAGCGAUCUAGUUCUCCGUUUCGUUGCAUCACAGUGUUUGUCUUUCGUCUCGUGCCCAAUACAAUUGCUCUCCGCAUAACGAAAUUUCAUGUACAAUGGCGCCUCGAAAGGAACCGAAAGAGCCAAGAGAGAACGCCGCUGACAUGAUUCUCACGUACCUCCGCAAGCAGAAUCGUCCCUACUCUGCAACCGAUAUCUCCGCCAAUUUACACAAUAAGGUGACUAAAGCUGCGACUGCAAAGCUUCUGAAAGACCUACACGAGCGCAAGGAGAUCGAAGGUCGCGCCGCCGGCAAGCAGAUUGUGUACCACUCAGUCCAGUCCGCAGACGACGGUGCUUCACCAGAGGAUCUUGCGGCCAUUGAUGCCCAGAUCAACACCUACCGUUUCCAAACAUCAGAUCUGCAAGCCUCCAUCAAAGUCCUGAAAGGCAGACUCUACACACUAUCAUCGACGAUGUCCACCGUGGACCUCGUAGCGACCAUGGCGAGUCUUGACGCCGAGAGAGCUGAGAUAUUGGCGCGACUUAGCCCGCUUCGUGCUGGGAGUGUUAAGCCAGUUGACACAGCGGAGAUGAAGCAUGUAGAUGCUGAGUUGAACAAGUGGACCGGCAUUGAGGUGAGACGACGAAAGAUUGAGGCCGAAAUGUGGGCGCUAAUGAGAGAUCUGUUGCCGGAGGGUACGGAUCAUGCAGAGCUGAGAGAGAAGCUGGGGCUGGACGAGUGAGGACACUGUCUGGACAUGUCUCUAUCCUUCUAACUUUGACUCAUGUUGCUACGGAGAUCUAUUCUGGGUGAACAGGUCAGAGUGUAAGUAUUUUAGAUCUGUGUGAGUAAUGGUAUCCAUGGUCAUCACAAAGAGCUUCGGAUGAAAGCACAUCCCUAAGCUAGUGUCUCAUCAAGUUGUAAAUCGGAAGGAAGGAUGAUCAUCACCAAGAUUAUCGACAUCGUCUCCCUCCAGCCGCCAAUCCCUCUCACCCCUAUCUCUUUUUUUGUUCUCUCUUCUGACGCCAAAGAACAGUAUGGUGCAAGAAGCGCCGCAUACCCACAGAAGCCCAAGAGAAACACCAUAGCCCGUCGGAUACCGAGGUCUCUCACUGUCCAGAAAAAUAUUCGACGCGA